AUGACUUGGGGCCGGGUUUUGAUGCCUUCUCCGGCGCUGGCUGUAGGGGCGUUUUGCAGCCGGAUACCCGGCAGGAAAAGAAGCGGUUGCCGAAACCCGGGAUCGAACCAGGGACCUUUAGAUCUUCAGUCUAACGCUCUCCCAACUGAGCUAUUUCGGCUGCGCGGAACCGCUCCCCCCGCCCCUCCCGUCACCGCCGGCGGGGCCCCGGGACACCGGAGCCUCGGGGCCUCGGUGCCACAGCCGCGGGCGCGGCAGCGGCGGCGGCAGCGCGGUCUCUGUGGCGCAAUCGGUCUUCGCCUCCCUCGGCGCGGCGCCCUGGCCUGGCGGCCCGCUGCCGUGGCGCCUGUUCGCAGCCGGCUGCUCCAUCACACGCCGGUGGCUGACCAGGCUGACAGCUCUGUCCAAGUCCAGCAAAAGAGCUCAGCCAUCGUGCAGAAGAAGUCCUACGUCCCCAGCAGCAGGGGUGAAUACAUUGUCACCAAGCUCGAUGACCUGGUCAACUGGGCAAGAAGGAGCUCCCUGUGGCCGAUGACGUUUGGCCUGGCGUGCUGCGCCGUGGAGAUGAUGCACAUGGCAGCUCCUCGCUACGACAUGGACCGCUUCGGGGUGGUGUUCCGAGCCAGUCCCCGGCAAGCCGAUGUCAUGAUCGUGGCUGGCACCCUCACCAACAAGAUGGCCCCGGCUCUCCGCAAGGUCUACGACCAGAUGCCAGAACCUCGCUACGUGGUCUCCAUGGGGAGCUGUGCCAAUGGAGGGGGUUACUACCACUACUCCUACUCCGUGGUGAGGGGCUGCGACCGCAUCGUGCCGGUGGACAUCUACGUGCCAGGUUGCCCACCUACAGCUGAAGCUUUGCUGUAUGGAAUCCUGCAGCUUCAGAAGAAAAUCAAGCGGGAGAAGAAGAUUCAGAUCUGGUACAGGAAAUAGCCUCUUAUUUAUGACCUCCCCUCUUGCUUGCCUUCAUACGCACAAUCGACCCGUGUCCUCACACGCCUUCUAAUAAAAGUCUACCUGGUUAAGACA